AUGUCUCAAGACCACUACCAGGACAAUAACAGUUCUCCUGACUACAUCGACGACAUUCUCAACAUGAGCUCUCAAGACCUGCAACUCCUCUAUGAAGCUCAAUUCCCAACAACUAUGGAUAACGAGGGCACAAUGCUGUCUACCAAUGGCGACCCUGUGUAUUUUGCUCAACCUGGCAUUCAAGAUUAUGGCAUAGGGAACUAUCAGCCGAAUGAUGUUCCUCUAUCUGCAAUUGACGAUGGUCAGUAUCAAAAUGGCUUCAAUGGCUACAGCCAACCGAUGCUCGAGCAGUCUUCACCCCAGCAUUAUGCAGGCACCCCACCUCCUCGUUAUUUAUCCAUAGAACCUGUCAGUGCUACGAAUACGCCAACACAUUUGGUGGACGUACACUCGCCAUUCGACCCCUGUUACAGUUACAUGACACCCAGCCCAUCGGCACCCUCUCUAGCUACUGCAAUAGCUCUAGUUCAACCCAAGUUUUUUGGACUUUCGUUUCGGAAUCUGGCAGAAGCGAAGGAUAGCAUGCUUAACCGCUAUAUCGAAAACGACUGGGUGCCGCCUGCCAAUGACAGCACUAUUCCGACUACUGACGAAGACCGAGCUGGACACGUCGCUGAGCUACUAGCAGCAAUGAAAGACACUUCUGCCUGCCCGGACAACCAAGACAAGGACCGAUUUGCGAAACGAUUGACUCCAGGUGCCAAAAAGGCGAUUUAUGAAGACCAGAUGGAGAAGGUGUGCUGGCAGCUAGUUGACACCGCUGAGAAACUACACUUCUUCGGCCCGAAAUCGUUCUCCAUCUACGACACGACGCCACUGCAGACGAUGUACAAAUCCCGCAACCUUACUUUUGGUGAGCGUAUAGAUAGUCUCUGUGAGCUCUUACGGCUUUCCAAGGGUCGCUGCUUCUCGCUGCUCAAGGGUGAGAAUCUUGAAACUACUGUGGGUGCGGCUCCCGAUAAAAUUACAGGCACAAUCCUGAACAAUGAACAGAAUGGAAAUCGCCAGAAGUACAUCGCAGAAGGUCGAACGAGGGUGAAAGAGAAAAAGGCUACGACGUCACCGGAAGAUCAAGCCUCAGGCACGGACGGUGAUAAGGAACUCGAGUCAGGUGUCGCAAUGAGCCUGCCUUCGAACGACCUUGAGGAAGAGUUGCAUCUAAAUGUCGCGACGAGCCUGCAAUCAUCGGGGCCUCUGCCACCUGCCGACAUUGGGGCGAGUAUCAUCGGCGACUUUCAAUCGAACAAUACCCAGACCGUCUCUCAGUACGCGGGCGACAAUGGCGGGCAGCACCAGAACAACCAGCAUGUCACCGGGAACUCUUACCAUCAUGGCCCUCAACCUGUCUUCCAUCACACCCCGCCCUCGCCUGGGAUGCUAUCACCGAGCAUGCUUUCGUCGAACAAGCUUUCACCGAACAUACUUUCGCCAUCCGCCUCGUAUGCCCCGACUCCAACGUCAUCGAUGCACGGAAUCUAUUCCCCAAGCACGCAGCCAUCACCGGUGACACCUUGGAAGCCGUCGCCGUCUUAUAUGCCGCACAUGACCCAAAGCUACCCGCACACUCCAUACCAACACCCGUUUGCCAUUCCUAGACCCAACCGAGUGUUGAAACGUGGUGCCGAAGAUGUGCAGCUCGAGGCAUAUCCACAUUGGCCGAAUCAGCGUCCAUGCUUUGAAGAUCGUGAGACCCCACGCUACUAG